GAUUCAUAAUUUCGAACAGUCCCGGAGGGACACGUUGGGUCAACCAGAUCGCCCCUACUUUUGAAACCUCCGACGAAGCCCCCAAACGUUACUACUUCGACUAGCCGACACAGACCAUAAAAUCACACAGUUCAAAAUUCACGUUCUCUCUCUCUUUCUCUCUUGUUCUUCCAUGUCGUCUGUUCUUAUGUUUCUGGCUCUGUUCCUCUUGAGCUUCCAAGCAUCGUCACCAGCUUCAAUUGUGCCUCGUUCAAUUCUCAGGUCUAUCAACGACAACAACGCUGAUCAUCCAGACGUCGCGCUCGAUCUAAAUGUUGCCAAUUUCGAUUCAGUUCUUAAGGAGACUCAAGCUACCUACGCCAUUGUCGAAUUCUUCGCUAACUGGUGCCCAGCUUGCAGAAAUUACAAGCUCCAUUACGAAAAGGUAGCAAGACUUUUCAAUGGACCUGAAGCAGUUCAUCCAGGGAUUAUAUUGAUGACAAGGGUAGACUGUGCAUUGAAGACAAAUAAUGAACUUUGCAAAAGGUUCUCCGUUGAUCGUUAUCCCAUGCUUUUGUGGGGCCUUCCUUCUAAAUUUGUUGCUGGUGGUUGGGAGCCUAAACAAGACAAAAAUGAGAUACAUUCUAUUGAUGAUGGACGAACCGCUGAUCGCUUGCUUAACUGGAUUAACAAGAAAAUGGGCAGCUCAUAUGGAUUGGACGACAAGAAAUAUGAGAAUGGGCAUCUCGAAUCAAAUGUGUCUGACGCUGGACAGAUUGUACAUGCUGUAUACGAUGUUGAGGAGGCAACAUCAACUGCCUUUGACAUCAUCUUAGAGCAUAAGAUGAUAAAAUCAGAGACUCGGGCAUCACUUAUAAAGUUUCUUCAACUUCUAGUGGCUCAUCAUCCUUCUAAGAGGUGCCGGAAGGGAAGUGCAGAAUUACUUGUGAACUUUGAUGAGUUGUUGCCACCUGAUAUUUGGUCAGCCAAAAGACAAGAAUUCAUCAUUGUUAACGGAAAGGGUGCACUAAAGAAUUUCCAGAUUUGUGGAAAAGAAGUUCCUCGUGGAAAUUGGAUGUUUUGUCGUGGUAGCAUAUAUGAUACUAGAGGCUUUAGCUGUGGAUUAUGGGUUCUAUUGCAUUCGCUUUCCGUGAGAGUUGAAGAUGGGGAGAGCCACAUAGCGUUCACAGCUGUUUGUGAGUUUAUUCACAGCUUCUUCAUCUGUGAGGAGUGUCGGCAACAUUUUUACGAGAUGUGUUCAAGUGUUUCAACUCCUUUCAACAAAACCCGUGACUUCGUCCUCUGGCUGUGGAGCGCACAUAACAAAGUCAAUGAGAGAUUAAUGAAAGAAGAAUCGUCUCUUGGAACUGGUGAUCCUAAAUUCCCGAAAUUCAUUUGGCCUUCAAAACAGCUUUGCCCUUCAUGUUUUCUUGCUCGAAGCCGGAUUGAUUGGGAUCGUGAUGAGGUUUUCAAGUUCUUGGCUAGCUACUAUGGAAAGAUGCUGUUGUCUACGCACAAGGGCCACGAGCUUCUUGGUGAUGGUGGGACAGAAAGGGUUGUUCUUGCUGAAGAUUUGGCUGCCUCAAUAAAUGCAGUUGUAGUACCGUUGGGUGCAGCAUUGGCAAUUGCAAUUGCCAGCUGUGCGUUUGGAGCACUUGCUUGCUUCUGGCGCUCUCGGCAGAAGUAUAAGAAGUUACAUCAUAUGCACACUUUAAAGAACAUAUAAUUUUUCUGAAGAUUAUUGUGUUAUUUGAAAGCAGGGACGGAACAGAGAAAUCAAGAAACUUAAAAGAAAAGAACGGAAAAAUGAGAGAGAGAGAGAGAGAGAGAGAGGGGGGGGGUUGUGUUUGCUAGGAGGUCGAUAUUUAUUUGUUUUUGUUCUGUUAACGUUGCAGUCUGAGGAGAAGCUGGAAAUGAGGUUGUGGAAAGGACAGAUUUACAAGAGGCUUCAAAUUAGGGCACACAAAGAGGUGAAACUAAGGCACUGGGAUAGAGGAAUGCCAAACCAAAGUUAUUUUUUCCUUUGAUUAUGUAAUGUUGGAAUGUGUAGGUUAUAUGUUAAAUGAUGCAAAUGAUUCUAUGGACCAGAGUCCUUUUGCUUU